AUGGAAGAAAAACAUCUUCAAGAUAAAGAAGAAACUGAUAGGAAAAUUCAGCUUCUUCUUAAGACUGUUUUGAAUCAAAAUACUUCUGAGUUGAACAUAGAGGCUUUGGUAGCUUUGAUAUCAACUCCUGUAACUGAUGCUAACAGUGUCUUACGUUCUUCUACAUCAACACAUGCUCCAACUAAUGAUCAAGUCAUGAAUGAUAAUAUCAAUGAAGAUUUUGAAUUUAAAGAUGAAGAAACGUAG